AUGUCAGAAGUACUUCCAGUUGAUUCUGGCGUGGACGCAUUGGCAGUGUUUAUGGCAAGCAGCAGCACGACGGACAUUGUGAACCGCAACAACCCCGCCACCCCACCAAACACCCUUAACCUGCGCUCCUCUCAUAACGAACUUCUGAAUGCGGAAAUUAGGCACACGGAGACCAAGAACAGCACUCCUCCAAAAUGCAGGAAAAAGUAUGCACUGACUAAUAUUCAGACAGCCAUGGGUCUUUCCGAUCCAGCAGCGCAGCCCCUUCUGGGGAACAGCUCUGCCAAUAUAAAGCUGGUGAAGAAUGGAGAAAACCAGCUCAGGAAAGCCGCCGAGCAGGGGCAGCAGGAUCCCAACAAAAACCUCAGUACCACUGCGGGCAUAAACGUAACUUCUGAGAAGUUUGAAGGCAAAGAGCCAAUCCCGCAGGAUUCCUCUGGCUGUGAAAUAUUACCCUCGCAGCCAAGGAGGACCAAGAGCUUCCUGAACUACUAUGCAGAUCUAGAGACAUCUGCUAGAGAGCUAGAGCAGAGUUUUGUUGCGAUGGAGGAUAAAUCUGCACACAGCAACAGCCAGGCUUCUACCGUUAUUGUCAAUGGGGAAGUCCUGCCCCGGAAACAAAACAAGCUGUCAAGCCCAGAGGAUGGCCAAGUUGCCACAGUGUCGUCAAGCCCUGAGACUAAGAAAGACCACCCAAAAACUGGGGCCAAAACAGAUUGCGCCCUCCAUAGGAUUCAAAACCUGGCCCCAAGCGAUGAGGACUCCAGCUGGACUACAUUGUCCCAGGACAGCGCCUCGCCGAGCUCGCCCGACGAAACAGCAGAUAUAUGGAGUGAUCAUUCAUUUCAGACAGACCCAGACUUACCACCUGGCUGGAAAAAAAUCAAUGACAUUGCUGGGAUCUACUACUGGCACAUACCAACAGGAACAACUCAAUGGCAACGUCCCGUGUCCAUCCCAACAGAUCUCCAGGGCUCACGGAAAGGAUCACUUGGUUCCAUUACUCCAUCUCCUACUCCAGAAACUGAGAAACAGCCAUGGAGUGAUUUUGCUGUACUGAAUGGGGGAAAGAUUAAUAGUGACAUUUGGAAGGAUCUGCAUGCAGCCACUGUGAACCCUGACCCAAGUCUGAAAGAGUUUGAAGGAGCAACAUUACGCUAUGCCUCUUUGAAGCUCAGAAAUGGUCCACAGUCUGAUGAUGAUGAUUCUUGUAGCAUCAACAGUGAUCCAGAAGCCAAGUGCUUUGCUGUGCGAUCUCUGGGCUGGGUAGAAAUGGCAGAAGAAGAUCUGGCUCCUGGAAAAAGCAGUGUUGCUGUGAACAAUUGCAUCAGACAACUCUCUUACUGUAAAAAUGACAUCAGAGACACUGUUGGCAUUUGGGGAGAGGGCAAAGACAUGUACCUUAUACUGGAAAAUGACAUGCUGAACCUGAUUGACCCCAUGGACCGCACAGUUCUUCAUUCGCAGCCCAUUGUGAGCAUCAGAGUCUGGGGAGUGGGUCGUGACAACGGCCGAGAGAGAGACUUUGCUUAUGUGGCAAGAGACAAAGACACAAGAAUUCUGAAAUGUCAUGUGUUUCGAUGUGACACACCUGCAAAAGCCAUUGCCACAAGUUUACACGAAAUCUGCUCAAAGAUUAUGGCUGAACGGAAGAAUGCUAAAGCUAUGGCUUGCAGCUCAUUGCAAGAGAGGACAAAUGUCACCCUUGAUGUUCCUCUGCAAGUAGAUUUCCCAACACCAAAGACAGAACUGGUACAGAAGUUCCACGUCCAGUACCUGGGCAUGCUACCUGUAGCUAAACCUGUGGGAAUGGACACUCUGAACAGUGCCAUUGAAAGUCUAAUGGCUUCCUCUAGCAAAGACGACUGGAUGCCAGUUACCAUGAAUGUUGCUGAUGCUACUGUCACAGUCAUCAGUGAAAGAAAUGAAGAGGAAAUCAUGGUGGAGUGUCGUGUGCGGUUCCUGUCCUUCAUGGGAGUAGGCAAGGACGUUCACACAUUCGCCUUCAUUAUGGAUACAGGAAACCAGCAUUUUGAGUGCCACGUUUUUUGGUGCGAACCAAAUGCAGGCAAUGUAUCAGAAGCUGUUCAGGCUGCUUGUAUGUUACGGUAUCAGAAGUGCUUGGUGGCCAGACCUCCUUCACAGAAAGUUCGACCGCCCCCGCCUCCUGCAGACUCGGUGACUAGAAGAGUUACAACUAACGUAAAAAGAGGAGUGUUGUCCCUCAUUGACACUUUGAAACAGAAACGCCCGGUCACUGAGAUGCCAUAGAUCCUCCUACCGCUUAACCGAAGAUAACAGUAGCUACGCUAAGGAAAACGAACUGACGAUGUCUGGCCUUCCAUUUCAAAUUGCUGAUGCUUUGUCUUCAGAGAAUUUACCCUUACCGAAACAAUGUUAGACAAGCAUGUUCUCUCGUUCUUGCCACCAUCGUGUGAUAUGAAAAGAAGCAUGAAUAAUUUUUUUGCUGUCAGUGAGUUACAUCAUGAGCAACGGAAGGUCUGUUUGAUUGUAAAUACAUGAACAUUACCUAAACUCACACAAAAAACGAAUAUGGCCACGUCCCUCCCAGCGAACUCAUGCUAAAGUCCUUGGAGUGAACGAUGCCCGAGUUGAUAGUUUCACCGUCUUGAGCUGGAUUUGUCACAAACCAAUCUUAAACCCUACAGCACUUUGCUCUGUUUUCAACACUGGAGUAGGCACCAAGCAUUAGCUACCAUUGAAUUACUGUAGAUUAAAUACCAAGUUGUAUUUUUUACGGAACUACACCUGUUAGUUUUAAAUUGUGUGUCAGCAU